AUGUCGCCCACAUCCGCAGUCAAGCAAACCCAGGAGAUACCUGCUGCUGCCGCCGCCGCCGUCGUUGACGAUGUAACCGACGGCUUCACGGCCAACGAAAGCGUUCCGGAGACCGACACCGGCACCGCCACGAGAGGCUCAGCUGCAGAUGCUGUUGUUGGCGGCGAACCGGUCGGGGACCUGGCGGCGAAGAGCAAUGCAGCUGUCGCAAAUCGCCAUCGAGAUCCGGACGUCGAGCCUCCUCGCGUCAGCAAAGAUCAGAAACCAGACAUAACGGCAGAGUCAGCUCCAGCUGAUACAUCUGCGAGGAAGACGGCUCCCACGCUGGAUACGGACCAAGUACCGCCGAACGAUGAGAAGCCUGCGUGA